AUGGAUAAUCCUUCAUCCAGUCCGCAUCUGGAUGGCGCAAAACCACCAUCCAAUCCUGCGGACUCGACACCCAUCCCAAAGGACGACGAGCUUCACUCGCAGCGCGUUCUCGCAAAAGUAGACCGUGAAAGAACGGAAACGGACUCGAUCAUAUCUGAUGAUGCUGCUGGUGUCAAAAAGGCUGAAGCAGUUGUUCUUGCUUGGGAUAAGAAUGCCGUGUGGGCAGUCUACGCCUGGAUAUGGGUCUGCUUCUUUAUGCUCGCUUUCCAUUCAUCUAUUCAAAGCAACGUGAUCGUCUACGCAUAUGCCAACUUCAAAACCGCCCCUGAGAUUCCGACUUCGGCAAUCCUUGGCAGUGUUGUGGGAGGAGUGGUGAAACUUCCCGUCGCCAAAAUCGUGAAUAUCUGGGGACGAGCCGAAGCUCUCGUAGUUUUCACUUGUCUGUUCCUGCUGGGAAUUAUUGUGCUGGCAUCUUGCACUGGACCCAGUGGAUAUGCCGCGGGAUACGUUCUCUACUAUGUUGGAUACAAUGCAAUCUACCUCAUCCUUGAUGUUUUCAUUGCUGAUACCUCGGGUCUCCGCAAUCGAGCAUUUGCAUUUGCAUUCUCGAGCACACCCUUCAUCUGCACGGCGUUCACGGGCCCGCUGGCGGCGCAAGCCUUAUUAAAAAUGACUUCAUGGCGCUGGGCAUAUGGUAUAUUUGCCAUCGUCUUCCCAUUCGUUCUUUUGCCGCUCGCUGUAGUUUUCAAAUUCUACGAGCGCAAAGCCGAGAAGAUGGGCCUUUACCAGAAGACCAAGAGCGACCGAACCUGGGCUCAGUCUCUUUUGCAUUAUGUCCAUGAAUUUGAUGUCAUCGGCGGACUCCUAUUGAUGGCAGCUUUUAUUCUGCUUCUUCUCCCCUUUAGCCUUUCGGCUUAUGGUCGAGCCCAAUACAGCUCCGCAUCUUUCAUCGCCAUGCUAGUCAUUGGCUUCUGCCUGCUCUUCGUCUUUGCGGCAUGGGAAAAAUUCUUCGCCCGGAAGCAGUUCAUUCGGUACGACCUUCUUAAGCAACGAACUGUUCUUGGCGCCUGUAUCCUGUCAACUCUCUUGAAUUUCGGUUACAUGGCCUGGGAUAGCUACUUUGUCAACUUUGCUAUGGUUGUCUAUGACCUCAGCGUCUCCAACUCGGGCUACAUGAACCAGAUCUACAACAUCGGAUCAUGCUUCUGGGCGCCACUGUUCGGACUUUACAUCAGACAAACAAAGCACUUCAAGAAAGCGUGUCUUUUCUUCGGUCUACCUUUGAUGCUCCUUGGCUCUGGCCUGAUGGUCCACUUCCGUGGUCAGGACGAUGGCAUCGGAUACGUUGUCAUGUGUCAAAUCUUCAUCGCCUUUGCCGGCGGCACUCUAGUCAUUGGACAAGAUAUGGCAGUCAUGAGCGCCGCAGAUCACGACGGUGUACCCAUGAUGCUCUCGAUUCUCGGCCUUUUUGCCAGUCUCGGUGGAGCAGCAGGCGCCACACUUGCAUCUGCCGUAUACACAAAUGUUUUCCCGAAAACACUUCUUGCCAAUUUGCCGGAAAGUGCUAAAGCAGACUGGGCGGAUAUCUACAUUGGUGGUUAUCCUGUUCAGAUGGCGUAUCCGAUUGGAUCGGAAAUCCGCAAUGCCAUUAAUAAUGCCUGGGGUGAUAGCCAGAAGUAUAGCUGCAUUGCAACCACAGCGGUCGUUGCCCUGGGCUUUCCGUGUAUCGCUAUUUGGAAGAAUGUGAAUGUGGAUAAAAAGCAGGUUCCCGGAACGGUCUUCUAA